AUGGCUGGAGGAGGAGGAGGAAGCGAGUUCACAGCGGCUUUGUUGGAAAAGACCGCGGAGAAGAGGGGUGAUGAGGAGGAUGAGUUGGGGAUGAAGGAGAAGGUUUGGACCGAGUCAAAGAAGCUAUGGGUUGUGGCGGCUCCGGCUAUCUUCUCGAGGUUUUCUUCGUUUGGAGUCUCAUUGGUAACUCAAGCUUUCGUUGGCCAUCUUGGCCCGACCGAGUUGGCCGCUUACUCCAUCACCUUCACCGUUCUCCUCCGUUUCAGCAAUGGUAUCUUGUUAGGUAUGGCCAGUGCACUAGAAACACUAUGUGGUCAAGCCUACGGAGCCAAACAAUAUCAUAUGCUUGGGAUUUACCUUCAACGUUCAUGGAUCGUCCUCACAGGUUGUACUAUUUGCCUCACUCCCGUCUACGUCUUCGCUGGCCCUAUCCUCUUAGCCUUAGGUCAAGAGGAACGUAUUGUCCGUGUAGCUCAGAUCAUAGCUCUUUGGGUCAUAGGCAUAAACUUUUCCUUCGUGGCUACCUUCACUUGCCAAAUGUUCCUCCAAGCUCAGAGCAAGAACCAGAUCAUUGCCUACCUAGCUGCUGUCUCCUUAGUGCUCCAUGGCUUCUUCUCGUGGCUACUAGUGGUUCAUUUCAAUUUGGGGAUCACUGGUGCUAUGUCCUCGACGCUCGUUGCCUACUGGUUCCCUAACAUUGUACAACUCUUGUAUGUCACGUGCGGUUGGUGUGAGGAGACGUGGAAAGGAUUCACUAUCCUUGCUUUUAAAGACUUAUGGCCUGUCUUUAAACUAUCUUUGGCUUCCGGUGGAAUGGUUUGCUUGGAGUUAUGGUACAACUCGAUCUUGGUACUCCUCACUGGAAAUUUGAAAAACGCAGAGGUGGCUCUUGAUGCACUAGCAAUAUGCCUCAGUGUAAAUGGAAUGGAGAUGAUGAUAGCACUUGGGUUUUUGGCAGCAGUAAGUGUGCGAGUCUCCAACGAACUCGGUAGGGGAAACGCAAAAGCAGCCAAGUUUGCAACAUUUGUAGCGGUUUUCACGUCACUAUCUAUCGGAACAGUUCUAUUCUUUGUGUUCUUGUUUCUAAGAGGGAGAAUUUCAUACAUUUUCACUACAAGUGAAGCUGUCGCCGCGGAAGUUGCAGAUCUUUCUCCACUUUUAGCCAUUUCCAUACUCUUGAACAGUAUUCAACCCGUUCUCUCUGGAGUUGCGGUUGGAGCGGGAUGGCAAGGAUAUGUUACUUACGUUAACCUUGCUUGCUACUACAUUGUCGGAAUACCUUCUGGUGUAAUCCUUGGUUAUGUCUUUGGUUUGCAAGUCCGAGGUGUAUGGAUAGGGAUGCUCUUUGGAACAUUUGCUCAGAGUUGUGUACUUAUCAUCAUGACUCUCAGAACUGAUUGGGAGCAACAGGUAUCUACGUCGUUGAGAAAUCUAAACCGGUGGGUUGUACCAGAAUCUAGAGAUGCAAAUCAAGUUUCAUCAGAGGAAAAUAAUACUCUUUUACAAUGAUUUGGUCACCAUUCUCCUUUAAUUGUUUUAAGUAAGGAUACUCUAUACUUGUUAAAGUAUGGAAGAUAGGGUAACACACAAUUAAGAUUUUGAUUUGUAACGAUUCAGAUUAAUGUUUUUAUAUGUUUUUUUGGGAUUUAUAAUCUUAAGACUUAUC